AUGGCCAGCGAACUCAAAUCCCUCGUGGCCGAGCUCACGAACGCCGUAAACCGCAAACAAUUCGACAACGUCAACACCCUCCUCACCCGCGCAAAGCGCACCCUCCUCCUCCAAAACGCCCUUAUCCCUACCUCCUCCACAGACCCGCAGCUCCUGGUCCUCGCACGCGAGACCCUCGAGCUCGGCGCUCUCUCCGCCAUCCGCCAAACCGACGCCCCGGCCUUCACGAGAUACUACCAGCAGCUGCAACCAUUCUACGAUCUGGAGCGGGAGGCGAACAACACACUCGACACGAAGACAAGUCAACGUAGCAAGAUCACAGGACUCUAUCUGCUUUUGCUACUGAGCUCGGGAGAUGGAACGAGCUUCCACACGGUGCUGGAGGGAUUGGUGGAGGAGGCGAGUCUGAAGGAGCGGAAUGUCGAGGAUGAUCCGUUUAUCAAGUACCCGGUUGAUUUGGAGCGGAAUUUGAUGGAGGGAAGCUAUGAUAAGGUUUGGCGCGAGACGAAUUCGGAGAGGGUGCCGUCGGAGGAUUUUGCGCUGUUUUCGAAUGUGCUUGUCGGAACCAUUCGCAGCGAGAUCGCGGAUUGCUCUGAGAAGGCGUACCCGUCGCUCCCCAUCUCCAACGCCAAGAACCUCCUCUUCCUCGAGUCCGAAGGCGCCGUUAUGGAGUUUGCUCAGCAACGUGGAUGGACACUUCGUGAUGGACGGAUAUACUUCCCUGUUGAGCCGGAGGCUGCUACUCGUUCCGAGAAAGAUAUCCUUGUGGCCAGCAGCUCGAUCAUUGAGAAUGCGAUUGGGUAUGCGCGGGAGCUGGAGACGAUUGUUUAG